AUGUUUUUAUCCCGUUUUGCAGCUCUUCCGUGCGUUGUGGGGGAGUGGAGCCACUGGAGUGGCUGCGCAGAACAGUGUCAGCCCCACCUGCGGGUACGGAGGCGCUACAUACAACAGGAACCUCAAAACGGGGGGGAACCUUGUCCUGCUCUGGAGCAGAAGGCUGGCUGCCUGGAAUACCUGACCUACCAGGGAGAGGACUGCGGACACGAGCAUGUCCCUGCUUUCAUAACUACCUCUGAAUAUGGUAAAGAAAGAAAUCGGCGAGCGGCGUCUUCUCUCCGGCCUUCAGACAAAGGAGAAGCUGGGUACUGUGUGGAGUUCAGGACGGAGUCCCUCUCCCAGCACUGCGCCCUGGAGAGGCGGCCCCACGCUCGCUGGAUGCAGUACCUGCGAGAAGGACACAGGGUGUGUGUCACCUGCCAGGCUCCAGCCAUCAACCCCCACACCCAGCGAUGCUCCGGAGACGGACACAACGCAGACGGAGGUAAAAUCUUACACUGGGAAGCAGUUGGCAACUCUCUGUGCCAAGGAACCUGGAAGAAGAUUCGGCAACUGGAGCACUGCUCAUGUCCCCUGGUGCAUAGCUUUGUUUUUACAUAAAAAGUUUAAAAGACCUUUAAAACCACCGACAACAAAAAGAUUAAGAAAAUGAACACCAAAGUCAAGAAAGCCACAUCUUUCUGCUGCAUUUUCUGGAGCCUAAACGAAUUUUAAAAGAGUCGGAACUUUGGAAGAAGGAUUUUGGGAA